AUGGUUUGGAACUACCAGUACACCAACUACGGCGCGAUUAUCGGUAAGCAAACUGUCAACUGGUUGAGCAAAGUUGGCCAGCACACAAAAGGGACACUAAUAACUUUUCGUUGGGAACAAUAUACACCCGCAACUGUUCCGUCUAUGUCUCUUCAAACGAUUCGUACUCUCUCUCUCUCUCUCUCCCGCUCUCGCCUACUUGUGUUUACAGUUUUCUUUGCACAAUAUUGUUGUUUUCUAUCAACUUCCUCGAAUAGAUCAAUGACAGACAGCUCAGUUAUCGAACAACGUGUGUGUGUGUGUGCAAAAAUAUUUCAGUGGUUUACAUCCCUACCGUUAUCAUUCAUUUGUGCCGCCUUAUUGCCUCAUUACUAAGCGUCUCCUCCUCCGACUGCAAAUGACGUUCUGCUCUUGCAUGCUUUGUGAGAUCGAAUGUCGAUGAGACUGAAAAACAACAUUCUACAAUAUUCAAAACUGAAUCCGUUUUGUAUCCGCUCCGCACUCUUUCCGGUCGCUCUCCUCUCUCUUCCGCAUAAUCCUGCUCGUCCACGCUGUCGCGUAUCUGACCUAUAUUUGUCAUUUGUCACCACCGCCACCCGAGCAAAAAAAAGCGAUCGUGCCAGGCUCCUCUCGCUCUUUCUUCCUCUUUUCAUCAUUUGCAUAAGUCUGCUCACUUCUCAACUCUAUGAUUCCCUUGGGAAUGACCGAUUGAUAGGAAAACAAAACUCCCCGACUAGUUCUUUUUCCAACCGAAAGGCUCGUCGCGUUGACAAGAGAUUUCUGAUCACUGUGUUCCUUUUCUCGGAUCGGUUCUAAGUCAAAUCAUUAAUGUACGAAUCUUUGCAGACGAACACAGUGUUAGGGAGAAGACGCCGUCGUUGGAAGCAUCUGCAACGGACGACGGAGAGAACACUCGAGAAGACGAAGGAGAGGACGGAACGGACGGCCAAGUGGCGAACAGCCCGAGCCCCCCCAACAAUCAGAACGAAGCCGACGCUGCGAAGAAGAAGAAGAAGAUGGACGACGAUGACGUCAUCACGACUGGUGAGAAGAAGCCUAUUCUGGGAAUGAGUUAGGUGGUGGCGAACGGAGAGCGGAAAUGAGCGGUUUUCUGCAUUAGAAAUGGCGCUUCUUCGUGCAUUUCAGUCGUUGUUUCCCCACCAAAAUGUGCAGAACGAAGAAAAAUUCGCCAGCAGAGAAAGACGCACUUUUCGUUUUCCGUUCACAUUCUGGCAGUUUCUUUGAUUUGGUUUCCAAUCGAUUUUUUUCUAUUACAGCCCGAACAUCUCGAAGAAUCUGCGGUUCGGCGGCGUCGAGCUCCGACUCGGAAACGGCCGACGACGUGCCGUUGCUUCCCGACGAAGGACCGUCGCAACCGAUUCGAAUCGACAUGCCCGGCGACAAACCGCUCAGUCCGCACGAUCGAUUUCCAAAGACGCCGCUGAAAACGGUGGUGGCGGCGCUGAUGCUCGUCGUCGCCGCCGCCGCGAACACGAUCACGCUCUCGUGGGUGCACGAACGGUACCCGGACACGCCCCCGCUGCCGGACAUUGUGUUCGCGCUGACCGACCGGGUACCAUGGGGACUGCGACUGUGCGAGAACCUGAUGAUCGGCUCGUUCGUCUCUGUUCUCAUACUCAUCCUCUUCCAUAGGUAUCAAUAUAUUUUUGGCUUUUCUCUUUCUCAAUUUCCACAUUCGCAGACAUCGAUGGAUCGUGUUCCGCCGUCUCUGCUUCAUCGGAUCCAUUCUGUACGGAAUGCGAUGCAUUACGAUGAUGGUGACGCCGGUGCCGAAGGCGGAUCCAGAGUUUGAGUGUUCGCCGCGAUUCGGAGAGAACGGAACGUUCGGGAUGAUUGUGAUGCGCGGCAUCUGGAGCAUGUUCGGACUAGGCCUCAAUCUGUUUGACAAUCAGAGAGUCACCCUCUGCGGAGAUUACAUUUACAGUGGACACACACUCGUGCUCGUAGUUUCCGCCCUCUUCAUGGCUGAAUGUGAGUAGCUCUAUCUCUUCGAUUCCAUCUGAUCUUUUUCAUUUCCAGACUCGCCGCGGCGCUUCUACCCGCUCCACUGGCUCUCGUGGAUCGUGUGCGCAGUCGGAGUCAUCUUUCUCGUGCUCUCGCGCGGCCACUACACCAUCGACGUUAUUCUCUCGUAUUUUGUGUGCACCAGAGUCUUCUGGGCGUACCAUACACAAGUCGCGCAUCCGACGAUAAGAGUGAGUCCUCCCCGAUCCUCUCCAACCGUACUCAUGCGAACGUUUCAGCUGUCGGUGCAAAACCACCAGGCAAAAGAGUUCUGGUUCCCGAUGCUCCGCUGGUUCGAGGGAGACAUCCGCCGGCCGCUGCCCCGUCGUUUCGACUUCCCCAUCACAUUCAGUCAAGUGUUCCAAGUGUUCCGACGAGUUCGCACACGUGGCAGCCGAAGUGGAAGCACACGACAGGCAUUCGAGUGA